AUGUGGGAGCCGCAGUCGGAGCCGCGGUCGCCGGCUCGAUCCCACGACAACAUCUCGGCACAUCAACGGUUGUUCAUCACCAUCGAUGGCUAUUCAUCGACAUCCUCGUCUGCACGUCCUACACGAUACAAGGCGGUCACCGAUUACUUCGUGCAAGGCCGCAGCUUCAAAGACGAGUGCUGGCUGGUGGAUCUCGCUGUCCCACCCAACGGCAUCAAGCGCGCCACCCUGUAUGUGCUGCUGACCCGCUUCAAGACGCUGGACCACGUCCGUCUGCUCCGGCCGCUCUACACUACACCGCAUGAGCGCAAGAGGAUAAUCAAGCAGUUCCUCAGUGCGACUAACCUUGAGCCGGACCUGGCCGCCAACCUGCGCCUGCUGAAGCAGGCAGCGCGCGAGACGGAGCAGCGCUAUACAGCCGAUUUCCAGCAUGCGCGACAGCUGGAAGCGCGCUGGACCGGCCCGACAUACGCUCGCAGCCGGAUGGAUUCGCCGGACCCCAAGCGACAACGCCUAGAGCCUACAUCGUCCUACAAUCUGCGAUGUCGCACCCUGGUGACCAGCAGUAGUAUCGACCCACCGGACGCCAAGCGUCAGAGGCUGGACACGGCUGCGUCCCAGAGCAGCACGUCGACGGUCGGCCCUCCCGCCGUCGCCAUGGAUUCAAGGAGCGUCACGUUUCAUGUGACGUUUACGGCCGGCCCCACAGAAACGAAUGAGGACCGCCUCUUUGCCGGCGCCCAGAGCCGCUACGGCAGCUUCAUCGCUGGCGUGAAUACCGCCGGCCAGGGGAUAGUAAUUAUGCAGAUUGACGAUGUCAUCCUCGGCAGGCUGGAGAGCAGCCACGCGUUCGGCCACCGCGUGACGUUCGCCAACGUGGAUGCAGCUUCCCUGCCGCCUUUCAUAACUUCUCGUUUCGCUGGGCUGACGGUGGGGCAGUUUAAAGUCUCGUCAGCGACCCGGAUUUCCGUGGAGCCCUCCUCCGCUGUCCCAAUGCUCUACAGCGCCAGGCUUCGGUUCCCCGUUUACGAUGUCGGCAGCGACAGGGCCCGCCCCGAAGACAAGCACGCGUCGGAUGGCAGCGCCCUCCUGCUCAUCCCACACGGCGGGAUGUUCCGGGGCGGGCCGUUCCGCAAGUUUAAGGCGUGGGUCGCGUGCGGCAACGGUGACAGUCCCGACGCCGGACGCGUGGAGCUCGCCAUCAGGGAAUCCGCUCCCGACGACUUCGUCGCUCAGCUACAAGCAGCGGCCGAUAGCAGCACGCCCCUUUACGUCCGCAGUUAUCCGGUGUGCACCGACAGCAUUGCCGUCAUGCAACAGUUGCCGAACUACGACGAGUUCUUCGGCAGCGCCAGCUUCGCAGACAAUAAUGAUCGUAUGGCGUACGCUGCUUACGACUCGUUCACCGUCACCGCUUCCCUGCCGCCUUUCAUAACUUCUCGUUUCGCUGGGGUGACGGUGGGGCAGUUUAAAGUCUCCUCAGCGACGCGGAUUUCCGUGGAGCCCUCCUCCGCUGUCCCAAUGCUCUACAGCGCCAGGCUUCGGUUCCCCGUUUACGAUGUCGGCAGCGACAGGGCCCGCCCCGAAGACAAGCACGCGUCGGAUGGCAGCGCCCUCCUGCUCAUCCCACACGGCGGGAUGUUCCGGGGCGGGCCGUUCCGCAAGUUUAAGGCGUGGGUCGCGUGCGGCAACGGUGACAGUCCCGACGCCGGACGCGUGGAGCUCGCCAUCAGGGAAUCCGCUCCCGACGACUUCGUCGCUCAGCUACAAGCAGCGGCCGAUAGCAGCACGCCCCUUUACGUGUAUGGUGCCAAGAUCAGCCCCUCCAAUAGCAAAGCUUAUAUGAAUAGCGUCUUCCUCAGCGGCUCGCUUGUAGCAGCAGCGAGUGCCCCCGGCAAGCGCCCUCCCAAACGAGUGCACACCUUCCAGGCGGCUGUUCAGCGGACUACCGCGGCCACCGUGCCCGCCGACACGACUGAUAUGGUAUUGGCUUGGGAGCAGCGUAGCCGCAGUGCCCUUGUUUUACCGUCGGAUGGUCCACACGCCUCGGCCACCCUGUCACCCAACCCCACUUCUGUCACUGUAGUCGGCUCACUACCGGUCCUCCCGCUCGUCCUCACAAUCGGCAGCCGCAGUUAUCCGGUGUGCACCGACAGCAUCGCCGUCAUGCAACAGUUGCCGAACUACGACGAGUUCUUCGGCAGCACCAGCUUCGCAGACGAUAAUGAUCGUAUGGCGUACGCUGCUUACGACUCGUUCACCAUCACCGGUACCAUCACCACCAAGACAGAAGGUCGAACAACAUUCAUCACGGCUCUGCAGGAAUGA